UAUUUUUCACUUUCCGCUCAGUUCUGUUCAUCCUCCAUCCCCGAUCACUCAAAAAGAGAUAGAGAAACCAGCAACCCCACUUUCACGGCAGCCACUUCCAUCAAUAAUUUGUUUCCAAUUUUGGACACCCACCAAGAAAUACUUAUACCAAAUUGAUACCCACAUUCCCAGGAAUCCAUAGCCAACAUUACCCCGCCAUAAAAUGACCUAGGUUCGUUGGAAAGCCAUGAAAACCGAUGGGAGCUAUAUUUUCCGAUCGCCGUUUUCCGGUGAGUAACAGGUCUAAUGGGUGGUCCUUUCCCAAAAAUUCGGGCCCCCUAAGUCGUUUCCAAGCUCGGAUUGGCUCAAAUCUCACUCAUUCGUGAGAUAUGGCAAAGCCCAUUUCAGCAGCAACUUCCCAGCGGGAUUUCGGCCACCUCCGGCGUCGGUUGGACCAAUUGAAGCUGUGUGGCAUUUCCAAGUGAAGACUGGGAGAUAGCAGACUCAACUUUACAAUUUUGGUACUUUUGUACAUUUGUGUCUUUGUACAAAAGUAUCAUAGUUUUGAUCUACAGGUUCUCCAUUCUAGCUUGUAAGUAGAUUUGUUGAUCACCCAGAAAUUGGGACAUUGCAUGAUAACUUGUGAGAUUCCUUAAAGUAUUCCAAGUCGUCUAGGUUCUCAUCAAGACUUGAAGUGGUCCACCAGACAUGGCGGAUCAAGAAGACAAUUUCUUUCCAGCUAUGCAUAUUAUUCACCUUUCCUUCGCCCCUAAGAAGCUAGGCUAUGUCUAUUAUAUCCACAAUGAGCCUAUGGGAUCAAUCAAUAGCGUAGAAAUACGGCUAUUGAUGACAUUGCAGGUAAUGAUGACAUUGCAUUACCUGCAUUAGCACAACUUCUAGACGCAGCUAGUCUAUCAGGACAACUCCGAAAGAUGGAGGCACGAUUGCAGAAGCUAGAAGAUUCUCAGAAAGAAAUUCUGGCAGAACUGAAAGAGAUUUCCAACUUCUUUGAAGUCAAAAGACAGAUGUCUCUCCCUACAUCUAAGCCUAGCGGAGUCAAAUCCCAUCACAAAAUGAGCAAGUGGGAAGAUUUCAACUAUGAAGAACACUUGACCAUGCCAGAUCAAGUUAACAACAUUGCCCAUAACUUAGUUAAGGUCAACCACAAUCAAGACUUUCUUCGGAAAAUGAUAGAAACAGGAGCUUAUCAAACAGUCCGAAAACCUGAAUGGAAGCCAUCCACUUCAACAACAACAUCUGUAGGGAAGAUGCCACUCAUCCCUUCGAUGACAACCUUUCCACCAUCAUCACCACCUAAAGGACGAGGAUUCAGUCCAUGGCCGAGAGCUCAUGCAUGUGAGGCAGAAAGACUAGGGCAGAGGACAACAAAAUUCGAUGAGUCCAGGUGCAAAUGUUGGAACUGUGGAGAUAUUGGACACUUCAAGAACAAAUGUCCAGAUAAAACUGCAGGAAAAAUAUAUUUCCAACGACCAGAAAUUGAGCAGGAGCUACAAUUGAUAGAACCAGUGCUCAAUGAUCGAGAUUUCAGUGAAGAAGAUGAAAUCGAUGAAUUUGAAGUCUACUCUUUGGAAGAAGAUGAUGACAGCAAAAGCUAUUUCGAGGAAGAAUAUUCAGAAGAAGGAGAUGGAUUCAACUUCCACGAGCAAUGAAUCAUCUCUAACCAGACUCUUCCAUAAUCGGGAGGAAGAUGACGUAAUAGGGUACAAUGCACAGAUUGCCCUAACCCCAGAAGAAUCCAAAAGGAUUAGCAAGGCUAAACUCAAUGUAAAAGACGGAGAAGGCCUAGACAUUCAUUGGUCAGAACAAGUUCUCAGAAAUCUACCAAUGAGAAAAUCUAAAGUUCUUUAUGGAGCUUACACGGAAGAAAAGGAGUAUGAUCUUGAAUCAAUCAAGAUGAAUCUUCCAAUUGAAAUUGUGAAGCCUAAAGUCAUACAAGAAGCUAUGAGAAAGGCACCAGCAGACAAAAGGAAAAGUCUGAAGUUUAUCUUUAUUGGAGCAAUAAAGGUACAAGUCCGAGCCAUCUUCCAGGAGAAGAUGCACUCUCCGAUUGCGAUAGCAUGCCUCGACAACAGAAUGUCAACUCUUGAAGAUGCUCUCAUGGGAACAGUUUUGGGAAACCUUUAUCACAGGCAAGUGCAGUUUGUGAUUCACCCAAAAUUCCCAAUGUCACUUAAAGACGUCGGUCUGUCUUGGAUCAAUCUACACAUCCAGUUUCAGAACCAAGAUAUCUUCUGGCACAGAAGAAACAUACCAUAUGCAGUAACAUAUGCAUUUUCCUAUCUAUUGGGAAAUUCAGCCAAUAGCGACAUCUUCCUCGACAAACCUACAAUCGAGUUGGAUAAGCUAUUCGAGCCAGUCACAAAGGUGAUUCUACCACAACAAGAAUUACCAGCAAGUGGAAUGCCAUUUACAAUGGAUUUCGGCAAUAGGUAUCUGGGAGCAGAUGAAGAAGAAUCUCAAAAGCAGAUCCAGAUACAUGGCGAUACCAUACAAAUCCACGGAGGAUGAUAGCUUCAAAGACUACCAUCUAGAAGCAUUCAAAGGACAUCUUCUAUUGGUACAUCAUCCUUUAGGAGUCAGAAUUGGAAUUAAAACCCCAGAGAAGAAAUUCCAAUUCGGGAAGUCCACCAAGACGGCAACUACAAGAUCAGAAUCUUCUACUCUUCAGGAGAAACCACUCAUGAAGGAUACAAGUGGUAUGAAGAAGAAACAUUGAUCGACAUUGGAGCCGAAUACAAUCAUAUUCAUAAUGAAAUAAUAAUAGCAGACAGGCCCAGCAUCAAGCUUGCAGAACCAUAUGUUUAUGGAGAUUACAAUGGAAUCAAGCACAUGGAGACUGAAGAAGUUAUGGUCCCGCUUAAAAUAGGGAAUAUACAGACAGAAAUUCCCACAAUAUAACUCUGAGGCGUCUGUGAAAACGGCCAAAUCGUCUUCAUCAGAAGGUAACCUAAGUUUAGGAAGGUUUUUGCGUUCUCAUUUGAUCUUCCUAACUGCGGCUGUAGGUUUAGGUGUCCAGCACGCAUGCAGUUAAGCUGUUGAGUGCCAUAAAUAUUGUGAUCACCUUGAAGGCUUAAAGGUGUUAAUUGUACCCAAGUGAAACCAGGGUAUUGAUCGACAUUGGUUGCAUCAUCUGGGAUGCUUCCUUUGGAAAUACUAUAGGUUCCUAAACCUAUGGAAGGUAGGUAGACUAUCUGGAAUGAUAAGGGCUCUUGGAUAGAUAACGCCCUGGUGUCUCCAGUAAAUUGGAUCUGUGUUUCUUAUAAGUGUAUGUUCUAUUGAGCCAAUAGGCCUGUUUGGAGAUUGGUAAAUGAUCUGCACAGAACUUGAUGAAGAUGAAUCCUCAUCGAUGAUGUUAAUAAAACUUUUAUAGUGAUUAACCGGUAAAUAACAUUACCGUCAAAA